AUGCUAGGAAUUCGCACAGCAGCGUUCCUGGCGGCUGCCGCUCAGGUCGGCUACACCGCCACGACGAAAGAUGCCGCCACGAGCAACUACCUUAAAGCAGCCGGCCACAGCUCUGUCAUCACGGCACACGGCAUUUGCGAGCAAGUGGCGGACUUGGGCGAGAUCCGCAUGAACCUGACCGCCACCGGUUCAUUCGGCAAGCCAGCUCUGGUGCGCUUCAUUGGUCUUGUCGUGCAAUGGUCCGUAAUGGUCGCGGGCCUGCCGUCUGGUGGUGUCUUGUCAACAUGGCUGUCGGCGUACAUCAAGCCGGGACAUGUUGUGGGCACCAUCUAUGCGGACCCGGAGCUGUUUGCCGGCGAGGCCAAGCCGGCCGUGGUUCAGUCGGUCUACCAGACGGCGGCCGGGCCGUGUUUCGAUAUGGGUACACGUGGCUUGGCAGACAGUGAACGAUUUGCGACACAUCGGGCAUGA